GUUGUCAAUGGUGAGACGAUCCACUGUGUGCUUCUCAUCAAACUGAAAUGUGAGCCAAUCAGGUCAUUGCAUUGACCUGAUCCUCCCACUGCAUGAGAUGACAAAUGAAGUGAAGACACUCCAGUUCCAACAGUCAGUGGCUGCGCAGAUGUGACUCAAAACAAUGCUAGUUUUUCAUGUCCUCAUCAGACUGCAAACCAGAAGAAAACGUAUCGGAUCAAAAUCAUUUUCAGUCACCAGACUGAAGUCUUGGAAGGAACAAUGAGCUGUGACUCCAGUGAAGAUCAUCCGACUCCUCUGACAACAAAUCUAGAAUGUGCAACUUUAAUUCUGGAUGUUAAUCAAACAAAGAUCAAUCCCAACGGACUUUCCUUCUUCAUCCAAACUGGAACACCGAACAAAAGAGUAUUCCCUGAAGCACAAUCUGCAGGCAUCCCAGGAGAGUGUAAGCUGGAAGAUCUGAAGCGAGCGAACACAGCCCUUUACAUUAUCUGUACUGCACUGACCAUGAGUAUGAUUGUCUCAGUCUAUCUCAUUUGGACCAACAAGAAGAAGAAUUGCGACAGUGAUUUCUCUUUUCCAUUUGAAACAGAAGCUGAGCCGACCAACAGUGAUCAGCAGGGAGAUGAAGCUUCAGUGACCUAUUCGACACCAACAUUCAGCGAGACAACAGUUACCAAAGCAGAAAGAAGAAACAUGCUCUCAGAUCAGAAAGAGACGAUCUACAACGACGUGCGUUUCACAACUGAGGAGUAAUUCACACUGAAUCUACUAAAUAAUGAUGUGAUUCUAGUUUCCGUGACUCCCGAGUGCCCAUGUAAUUUCCGGCAUUGGAGGUAAACAUUGACUAACGCUCACAUUCAUGUAAUCAUUAAGAGUUUUUGGUGACUGAAGCUUAAAGAAGCAUUUUUAAGUAUUUCGAUACAAUUCACUCCAUGUAAUCUACCUUGAUACUUUCGACGACUCAAGUAUUUACUGAGUACGUCCACAAUAUGAACUUUUGAUCUACGUUUCGGAAGACAUGUUGUGUAUUUUAACAGAUACAAUUCUGUCUUUACCUUCUCAGCUCUUUAACUUGUUAUUAGU